GUUGAUCUCGCGUUGAUAGACGGGGAUGACUUCUAUCUAAAACUAAACCAUGUGCGUAGCAAUAACUUCAGGAUCCAUAUGGAGGAGGGCAGAUAUUUUGUGGACAAAAGUUACUUCGUAAAAGAGUUGAUUGAAGAUCCUGCACUGGUCACAGCCAUCGCGAGGCCACGCAAAUUCGGUAAAAGCAUCAAUCUUUCAAUGCUUUAUUAUUUUCUGACCAUAAAUGGACGCUUCCCCUAUUUGUUCAGAAAUCUUACAAUUUCUAAGGACCAUUGGUUUUGUCGCAAGCAUAGGAACAGCCACCCAACUUUGAUCUUGAGUUUUGGUUACAAUUCCUGGACCACGUACGAGAAAGCUCUCGACGGCAUGAAACAGGUCAUGUCCAAGCUUUACGAACGCAACAAGUACGUCAUAAACAGCGUCAACGUAACGGAAGCCGAGAAACGCAUAUUUAACGUCAUCCUAACGAAAAGCGGGACACACGCCGAGACGAUCACGGCGAUACGUUUGAUGACGAACCUCCUGUCCCGCUACCACAACAAGCGCGUCAUCCUCCUCGUUGACGAAUACGACACACCAAUCAACCGAGCUUUCUUCAGCGGCUUCUACGAGAAAAUGGUCAUCCUUAUGCGGACCGCCCUUAAUCACGCCAUCGAGAAGAACCCGUUCCUCUUCAAAGCCGUCAUCGUGGGCACCACGUUGAUCUCGUACGAGGGCCUUUUCUUGGGUAUUAACUUCGUCGAGAUCAAUUCUGGCCGGUUGCUGAAAUAUUCUCAAUGCUUUGGCUUCACGGAGAAAGAGACGAGACAAGUCCUACUGCAUCAUAAGUACCCCCUAACGACUAUGGACAACUUACGAGAGUUCUACGCG